GGCGGUAGUGCACCAAUGAGGAUGCAAGCCGCCGUUAAACGCAAUAGAAGAAGAAAAGUAGGAAGUCUCGAGUUGGAUAGCUCUACUGAAACCAGGCCUGUUCAUACUACAGCUCCAUUUGGAAUUCUAUCCGUCGCCAAAUCUCCACUACAUCUCCACCAAUGCUUUGAUCAGCUGAACACCGGGGCGAGACGGGAGCGACGAUCGAAAGCAACAAAGGAGAACAAAGGGCCGAACAGCAACCAACGCAACGAACGGAGGAAUCGGCCGGACAAAGGCACGUGGUGGUCCGAAGGUUCGAAGCCUUACACUGCAGGUUCAGAUCCACCUCUGCUUCCUCCAACAACCAUGGAAGAACAGAAAAAGAAACAAAGAGAAAGACGAUGCUCAAGGCUGUAUCUCUGUCAGCAAUGUGACCAAACCUUUACCAGGCUAUCAGAGCUGAAGAAUCAUCAGAAGGUACACCAUGGAGAGGAACCAUACAGCUUUGGACAAUGUGGCAAAACAUUCACUGCAAGAAGUAAUCUAAAGACCCAUCCGCAAGUUCAUACGGGAGAAAGACCAUACACCUGCAUUGAAUGUGGAGCAGCUUUCAAAAGGCCAGAUGCUUUAAAAGUCCAUUUACGUGUUCACACUGGAGAGAAGCCUCACUCGUGUGAACAGUGUGGAAAAGCAUUCGCUAAUCGCAGUAGUUUAGUGAGUCACCAACGUGUUCACACUGGAGAGAAACCUUAUUCUUGUGAACAGUGUGGAAAAGCAUUCUCUAAAAGAAGUAGCCUCGUUAUUCACCAACGUGUUCACACUGGAGAGAAACCUCAUUCUUGUGAACAGUGUGGAAAAGCAUUCUCUUAUCGCAGUGGCUUUGUUAAUCACCAACGUGUUCACACUGGAGAGAAACCUCAUUAUUGUGACCAGUGUGGAAAAGCAUUCUCUCAAUACAGUCAUCUACUGACACACCAACUCGUACACACUAGAGAGAAGCCUUACUCGUGCGGACGGUGUGGAAAAGCGUUCUCUUAUUACAGUAGCUUAGUGAUACACCAACACGUUCACACUGGAGAGAAACCUCACUGGUGUGAAGUGUGUGGAAAAAAAUUCUCUCAUCGCAGUAACUUAGUGAGACACCAGCGUGUUCACACUGGAGAUAAACCUCACUUUUGUGAACAGUGUGGAAAAGCGUUCUCUCGACACACUUAUUUACUGAUGCACCAACAGGCUCACACAGACACUGGAGAGAAACCUCACUCAUGUGAACAGUGUGGAAAGUCAUUCUGUUACAGCAGUAGUUUAUUCAGACAUCAGCGUGUUCACACUAAAGAAAAACCUCACUGGUGUGAAUAGUGUGAAAAACAUCCUCUAAUUGCAGUAGCUUUGUGAAACACCAACAUGUUCACACCAAACAGAAAAUUCCCAUCUUCUCCUGAGCUUCUGCUAUGGUGAUUCUGACGUGCAAAUCACAAACAAACAAAAAGCAACAACAUUGGAACACUGAAGAAAGGGUAGGGACCAGGUCUUGUUUCUGAUUGGUUGCAUGCUAAGUCAGUCUGGCAGAAUUUCUCUGCGAGCUUGGAGAUCGAACAAUGUGGUAGGUGCUUGGAUAGAAAACUAAAACAGACUCCAUGUUAAAACACUAUGAAAAUGUUUCAUUAACUGAAUCUGCAAAGAUAUCUCCCUCACAUGCAUUGUUUGUUAGAUGGAAUAACAGCUACGUACUUUGUAUGGUGCAGCUUAUGUACUGAGCUGAAAUUUGCCUGAGCACCAACUACCUUGUUUGGUAGCCAAACAGCUGUUCAGCCCCGCAAAGUCCUGAUUAGGUCGCUCUCCUUACAUCUUAUUAAAGAGUAGACUCCGUCCCACUGAGUCCUGCUUCUUUCAGUUUUGGUUUGAGUGUCUGAAUAGACAUUUAAUGUUAAAAAAUCCAUCCACCCAUUUUCAUCUGCUUAUCCGGGGGCCGGGUCGCGGGGGGCAGCAGUCUGAGCAGAGUUCCAGACUUCCCUCUCCCCGGACACUUCCUCCAGCUCUUCUGGUAGAACCCCAAGGCGCUCCCAGGCCAGCCGAGAGGCGUCCAGGAGGCAUUCGAACCAGAUGCUCAAGCCACCUCAACUGGCUCCUCUCGAUGUGGAGGAGCAGUGACUCUACAGGCUCAACAGGUGACUGAGCUCCUCACCUUAUCUCUAAGGGAGUGCCCUGCAACUCCACGGCGGAGGCUCAUUUCGGCCGCUUGUACCCGUGAUCUUGCCCUUUUAGUCAUGACCCAACGAUACACUGACCGCAUUACUGCAGCUGCCGCACCGAUCGGUCUGUCAAUCUCACGCUCUUUUCUUCCCUCACUUGAGAACAAGACCCCAAGAUACUUGAACUCCUCCACUUGGGGCAGGAACUCUCCUCCAACCUGGAGAGGGCAAACCACCUUUUUCCGGUCGAGAACCAUGGCCUCAGAUUUGGAGGAACUGAUUCUCAUCGCAGCCGCUAUGUUAAAAAAUGUUGACAUUUUAUCAUACCAAGGAUUGAACUUUAGAGCUGAGUUGCAGUAACUUUGUUUCUCUGGACUCGUGUGAUCUUAAUCUGAAAUCCCGUGGAGUUGAAUUUGCUCUGCCAUACAGUGAUAUUUAUAACUUCAUCAUUCUUUAAUAGCAUAAUGCCUUAUAUUGAGUUCACAAAAUUCAAACAAACAAAAGGAGCUGCUGUUAUGGUAGAUAAACUGAAAAAUGUGUGCUUUAACAUACAUACCUGGCAUUAAAUAAAAAUAAAACAACUUAGACCUGUGUCAAUGCCAAAUUACCCUGCAUUUGUUUGCAGUAUAACAUUUUACUUGAAACGGGUACAUAGAGUGACAAUAGGAACAUAGUAGGUUAGAAGUCAGCUCUGUCCUGGGUUGUGCUCUGGGCGCAAUACAGGACGUGGGUGACAGAAGGUUCCUGGCAAAGCCGACAUCUAUCCUGGACCUUGACUUUCACCUACUGCAGGACACACCUUCUAAUCUGGGAAGCAGCUUCAGUGACUGACUGAACCACCCUUGCUGUGUGAAGGAGAGAUGACGCAGGUCAGGAAAGACAUUUUCAUCAUGCUGGACUAUAAACAUAACACUCGGUUGCAUAUUAUUAAUCCAGCUUUAAUGACUUAGUAUAAACGGUGCUCAACUUAUGUGAAGCAGACAUUCAAAUUUUUCAAUUAGUCCUCUCCAUGUUUUACUUUGAUCAACUUCUUGGCACCAGAACUUUAACUAGAAAGCCAGUUGAGAACAGUUAUGCUUAAGUUUACUAACUUUCCGCAGGUACUAAGAAGUAACCUUCACCCAUAAGCAUAGCAUAGUAGCUUUGGAAAGUUUUUCUGCCGGAUGCCCUUCCUGAAGCAAGGCCUCACUGAGGGGACUGUACCAGUGACCUAGACGAUAGGAGUGCAGCUCAAACCACCGUGCCAUAAAUCAGUAUAUUACUUGGUGUGUCAGUAAGUCUACUUCAUCUAAAGCAAAAUGUUGAGCCUGGUGAAGGCAUUCAUUUUCAUAAAAACUAAUUAAAGUACUCAACCCACAGACAUACAACGAUAACGCACAAAAUCCUUAGUUGAAUAGCCCAUAAUAUUUUAAUUAGCACAGCAAAGCCACGUUUUAGCUUGCAGGGAAAAACUGGAAAUGAAAGUUAGACUGACUUGGCUUGUGACCAAUCAGAAACAAGACCUGGUCCCUACUCUUUCCACAAUGGUUUAAAUGUCGUUGUGUUUUCUCCUAUUGUUUGUUUGUGAUUUGCACUUCAGGGCCACCGUAUUCUGCAGUCACUCAGAACAUCAAUAGUAUGUGGCUCCAAAAUCUGCAGCUGCUCUGUCCUCAUGGGAUCCUGGCUGCCUUAUGUAUGCCCAAUGUCAGAGAGAGAUAGAGUCCAGAGGAACAAAUCUCAGUGGUGAUUUUAAAAUUAAACAAAGGCAAGGUGGAAAACAAACAUCACAAGAGUUAAGUGUUUAAAAAAUUGGGAAUUUACAGCUUGUUUUACACCAGUAACUUAAUGUUUUACAUACACCAUUAAGAUGAUUUUCUAAUAAUUGUUUGAAGAUAGGUUACAAUUCUUUUUAAUACAUAUAUAAAGAUUUUCUGACCUUGUGAUCAGGAUGAAAUUGAGUGUUACAGAACAUGAGUCAAUACAUGGUAAUGUUAAGAGAUAAAGUGAGCAUGACAUAAGCAGAAUAUGUGAUUAAAAACUGUUUAGUAGUUUUUAGUUGAUUAGUAGAGAGACUACUGUUGCAGGAGGACACUGUCAGUCUGGACAUAAAUGAGGAAAAGAUGAUUUUGAAGGAGAUUUGUCUAGAAAGGCAUUACUGCCUCUUCAUGAGGCAGGAUGAAGCAGACCUGCUUCUUAGUGCAGGUUGCUCUGAAACGAGACUCUCCUGCACGACUCAUGCACUCGUCAACCAGCCUUAAACUUUAGGAAGCAUAGGAAUUGUGAGUAGAUUUGCAGUAUUCAUAGAGAAGGACAAACAUGUAUAUAUUCAUUUUGAUAUUCUAGACAUUUUAUUACUUGCUUUUAGCUUUUGCAUUUUGCUAAAUAAAGUACAAACCUUGCUAAAAGUAAAUUUCCUUCUUUUAGUUCUAUCUUAAUAGGAGUUUCUUUAAAGUGCUCACAGCUUCUCUUUCCUCAUUGAUGUAGAUUGUAUGGUUGGGUCAAGUUUGUCAGUUUAUUCUAGAUUGAUAAAUCAACACAUCUUGUGUAGUAAAUGUUCACCAAAAACUAUUCCAGCAACCACAACAACUGUUGCAAUAAGAAGGAAGCUAUUGUUAAUGAUUAGAAUCUGUGAUCUACUGGUCUGUACAGGUGCUGAUUGUGGUUUAAGCAAGUGGGUGAAGGUAGAGAAUAGCUGGAUGAAUUCCUUCUCUACAGAGGAACCUCAAUUUUAAUACCCCAGGCAGGUUGACAAAGGAUCCACUUUAAGGUGUGUGGCUCAGCUGGUUUCUCACACUAAAGAGUAAAAUUAUAAAUUUUCACACCAUGUUCAUUGUUUGUUCAUUUUAAAUAGCUGUUGUUAACACAGCGGUGUCUUAGGUAAAAUUAAGGGAGACAUCCUUUCUUGUUCAGCUCCACUUGCAUUGCUGCGUGUUGCUUAUCACAUGUGGAGUGAUUUAGAUUUUUCAGCAUCCAGCACAUAAUCACUGAAGACAUGCAUCUCUACUUUCCCUAAAUUAAAAGUUGUUUAAUGUUUAUAUAUGUUUAUAUAUUUUUUUAUUCAUAGAGGUGUCUCCUACACAUGUUUAUGUUGCAGAUGUGUUUUUGUGUUCAAAUGCAUUGACAUUUUUAAUAAGUGUAAGUGUGUUUAAAGAGUAUAUGAGGGUUAAUUUAAGAGUUAAUCUAUAAACGUGUUGUAGCAGCCCAGGGGGGUUAUUCCCGCCUUGAGCUGCUAAGGCUGAUGGGAAAAUAACAAUUCUUGUGUUUGUAGUGUUAUAGGUAAAGUUAGGGUUUAGGUAAUCUUAUAAGUUAAAUUAAUUUAGCCAUUUGUUCAUGUGUCUUUAAAAUGUUUGCUUUGUUUUGUAUGCUGCACCCUGACGCAUUCGAGGUUCAAAAAUAAACCUGGCCAUCUGAGUGGAUGCUUGGAUGGUAUCAAAAGAU